UAUGUUAAUGUAGAAUGUGAAUCAAAAUUUCAUUACUGAUGUUAUGAUUCACUUAUACACCCAGGAGAAAAUUAUUUAUUGAAGUGGCAAUGGAUUUUCUGUUUUUCAUUCAGAUUUGUGUAUUUUGGUUCCCGUAAUAAUGUAAAAGUUUUGACGAGAAGUUUAUUUUCGAUGGCACUGGUCACUGUCACACCGUCAGUGUCUCGGACAAGAAGCAUAUGGGAUACUUUAUCCGCCGAAGAAUUUGAGCAGCUGCAAGCAUACACAAAAUAUUCAAAAAAGAGGUUAAAAGAUGUUCUCAAGCAAUUUAGAGAUGGUGAAUUUUUACUCUAUAAACCAGAAGAGCCAAUGAACUACGAUGGCUUUAAACUCUUUAUGAACGCGUAUCUUGGCAACGACAUUUCUGAUGAAUUAUGUCAGCAUUUGUUCCACACAUUUUGUAAGGAAAUUCCAAUAAACAAUGCGGCAAUUCCAAUAAACAAUGCGGCAAAAUCCAGUAUACACCAAACAGAAACAAUGAUCAGUGAAGCCGAAAGCGGUAUACAUACUGGUAUUACAUCUGCUGCAAUAGUGGCAACAAUUCCCAUCACUCACCGAGAUACAGCCGCCAUAACGCAUUCAUCGUCUCACACACAUUUAACUGGCUCACUUUGUCAUGAACUGGAUCGCCUACCUCGCUCUUCAUCUGAUGGUCUAAACUGGCCAUCACGUAUUUUACCCACUCGAAGAUCACUUAUAUCUUUAAACGGUUUGACAAAGAACUCUUCUGUCGAGAACACGCCGUCAAGCUCACGCAAUAAUUCCACAAAGAAAAAACAGUCGGUGACGGAUCAAUUGCUAUUUAACACAAAAAGCGCUCACGAGACCGUUGCUAUGGUUUCCAUCCGGGAGAUUGCUUGCUACCUAUCUUUACUUGAAGGUGGAGAAGUUAAAGACAAACUUGAAUUUGUUUUUCGUGUUUAUGAUACAGAUGGGAACGAAUAUCUUGAUCAACAGGAGUUAGAAUCCAUAAUACAGCAAAUGAUGAGUGUUGCCAGAUAUUUAGGCUGGGACGUCACUGAAUUAAAACCAAUUUUACAGGAUAUGUUGCUGGAGUUGGACUGUGACUCUGACGGUCGAAUUUCAUUAGAAGAGUGGAUAAAAGGUGGUUUAACGACUAUACCCCUUCUUGUAUUGCUGGGUCUGGAUCCGAAAAUACGAGAUGAUGGCCAGCAUCAAUGGCGUCAAAAACAUUUCAGCAAGCCUGCCCAUUGUAACAUGUGUCAUUGUGCUCUGACGGGUCGAGGAUUUCGUGGACGUCAGGGACUACAAUGUAUAUUUUGUAAAUUUACUGUCCACGAAAGAUGUGUAAACCGAGUUCCUGCGUCUUGUAUUAACACUUACGUUAAAACAAAAAGAGCAGCAAAGUUGACCAUGGACCAUCAUUGGGUGGAAGGCAAUUGCUUUGGGAAAUGCAGCAAAUGUGGUAAAACUAUCAAAAAUACUCAUUCACUGUCAGGACUACAUUGUACAUGGUGUCACAUCAUGAUUCAUAACAAGUGUGUGUCACAAACACCAUUGGAAUGUGAUUUGGGCGAACAUCGCAUUCAUAUUUUGCCACCUAUUUGUAUACACCCUGCCAGCAUGAAUAAACACAGAAGCGGAAGUGAUUGUGAAGAUCACGCUGUUCAAUCAAGAAGUAACACCGUUUUAAAUCUGGAUGGAAUGCCAAUACAGAUCACUCCACUCCCAAACACAAAUCCUCUUGUUGUUUUUAUAAAUCCUAAAAGCGGUGGACGACAAGGAACGAGAUUGUUGUGGAAAUUUCAAUAUCUUCUUAAUCCAAGACAAGUUUUCAAUCUUGCAGAUGGCGGGCCUACUCCCGGAUUAAAAUUUUUCGCGAGCGUACCAAAUUUUCAUAUUUUGUGUUGUGGAGGGGAUGGAACAGCGGGAUGGGUUCUCUCUUGUCUCGAUAAACUUUGCUUGUCGCAAUCGCCCCCGGUCGCUAUUCUACCUCUGGGAACUGGUAAUGAUCUUUCACGUCAUUUACGAUGGGGUGGAGGCUACGAGGGUGAACGUCUUUCAAAGAUUUUGAAAUCUGUUGAGAACAGUUCAAUAGUCUCCUUGGACAGAUGGGAGAUUACUGUUGAACAUACUGAUGAAUGUGAUGUUGCUGAUCAAAUUCCUUUAAACAUUAUCAACAACUAUUGUUCCAUCGGAGUGGACGCUUCAAUCACUCUUUCAUUUCACUUAAAACGAGAGGCUCAUCCAGAGAAAUUUAAGAGCAGACUAAUGAAUAAAUUCAAAUACUUCGAGUAUGGAACAUCAGAAAACUUUUCUGCGACCUGUAAAAAUCUUCACGAAAAUCUCGAGCUCAUUUGUGACGGCAAGAAAUUAGAUCUAGCUGCUGGACCAAGUCUGGAAGGAAUUGCAAUUUUAAAUAUUCCGAGCUACGCAGGUGGUACUCAUCCAUGGGGUGAGGUGGAUAAGAAGAAAUCCAGAAAGAAAAAUAAGAAAGCAAAAUUCAAUGGAAAAGACGAUAAUGAGUGGGCUGAACAAGAUAUUGGAGAUGGUCUCAUUGAAGUUGUCGGCUUUGAAAACGCACUUUAUGUUGGUCAAAUCAUUGCUGGUGUUAGAGCGCAUGCGCUGAGGCUGGCUCAAUGCUCCACAAUUACCAUAAUAACAAAGAAGUUGUUUCCCAUUCAAAUUGAUGGAGAACCGUGGAAACAAGCUCCAGCCACCAUACGAAUUUCACAUUUCAACCAAGUCCCAAUGCUUCAAGGACCAUUGCCAUCAAAGAAGGGAUUUUUCUCAAGACGAAAAGCGGAAGUCGAGCAAGACCUGGACACCGAACUUUAAAGGUAAUAGAGGCUGAGGGAACUUCGCAACAUGCAGUACAAUGUUCUAUAUAUUUACUUAUGUUAAAUGUGACAGGAGAUAUUUUACGUAAUCUACGAAGUUUCUCGACCUGUAUAGAUAAUAGAAAGUUGAAACUGUGUUUCCUUUAAUUUAUUUAAAGUUUGGUUAAAAGUUUUAUUCGUUAUCUCGCUAAUGUUGUAAAGGGACCGUGAAUACUGUGGAUCAGUAUUCCUCGGCAGUUUAAACAGUUCAAGACAGUUGUAUUAUAUGAAGACUUCUGUUGUGUUAUAUAUUUUAGUAUAUUUAAUUUGUGUUAUAGAUGCACUAUGAGAACUUUAGUUUCAAAAGUUUUUCAUCGAGUAAAAUUGAAAUUGUAGUUUAAA